AUGAAUCCACGCGCUCCUCAUUACAAAUUUCGGUCGUCUGCUUCCUCCACCAGCAGUGGAAAGGACCUUGAGAGCAUUUAUGGCAGUCUGCGCAACUCGUUUGUGCCUGCCUCUAACUCCGUGAAUGGCGCGUCUGAGGCUCCUUCUCCCACCACCACCACUAACAACACACGUGAACCCCCUACUCACAGUCGUUCGCUUGUCAAGUUCCAACCACACAAGAGCUCUGAUGAUGAGCUGCUUGAACGCGCACGUAACGAACAACUGGAGCAGAAUCAACUGGGAAUGCAGAUCAAACUCCUGCGCUUGUCCGAUCAGGUCACUGAGUUGGUGGCCCAGCGCUCUGCCUUCGAAAAAGAGAAGGAACAGAGCGACAAGAUCAUCAAGGAACUCCGCCGUGAAGUCGAUGAGCUGAAGACUCAGACUCAGAAACACCACGACAAGCUUGAAGUAUGUAAGCGUGGCGCUGACGACAAUGCCAGGGAGAUCCAAAACAUGGACCAGCGCAUCAAGGCGGUUCCUGAAAGUCUGAGCUCGCGCUUUCAGCAUCACACCACUCGUAUCGACAAAGUUGAGAGUCUUGUACGUGGUGCUGGCGUUCAGGUCAAGCAGCACGAUGUACGGCUGCGUGACAGUGAGGAACGCAUCGGCCAGCUUGAGCACAAGGCCGGCGUCACUACUACAAACACCUCCAGUGGUCCACACUCGCAGGAGAAUCAUGGUGUUAAUACCGGAGUUACCCAGCUCAAGCUCGACAUCAAGAAGAUCCAGCAAACUCAAGAGUCACACAAGUCGUAUUUGGAGAAGACUGGACAAGCCCUCAUCGCCCACCAGACCAACAUGAAGACCAUUAGCACGACUGUUGACAAUGUUCGUGCCGAACUUGGUAGACUGAGCACUAGCAGCGCAUCGAACACUGGCAACGCUGGUUCGGUGGAUGAAGUUCGCAACGAGAUCGGUGCUCUUACCGACAUGCAUCGCUACAUGGACCAGAUUUCGCUUGCCAGCAAGAUCAGUCUUGAGGCCAUGUUCUACCAGCUCACGAAGGAGCUUGAGGGCAGAUGCCACCCUGAAAACAUCGAGUUCGGUCUAGAUGAAGAUCGUCUCUUCAUUCUCAAAAAGCGUGUUCUUGAGCGCCUCUCGGUAGAGGAUAGCGUUCAGUGCGAGUUUCUGCGCCUCAAGGCCUCACAGCAGAUGUUCUCCUAG